AGCGUCAUGUUUUACCUGGCAGCCGCUGUGUCGGAUUUCUACAUCCCCGACUCAGAGAUGCCCGAGCACAAGAUCCAGUCCUCGGAGGGGCCCCUGCAGAUCACAAUGAAGAUGGUGCCAAAAAUGCUGUCUCCUCUCGUCAAAGAAUGGGCCCCGGAGGCAUUUGUUAUUUCCUUUAAGCUGGAGACGGAUCCCUUGAUCUUAAUUGAUAAAUCGCGGCAGGCUCUGGAGAAAUAUCGUCACCAGGUGGUGGUAGCAAAUAUCCUGGAGUCCCGGAGAACCUCUGUUAUUAUUGUAACCAAAGACUCACAGACUCCGUUAUCUCUUUCUGAUGAGGAAAUAGCGCAAGGCAUGGAAAUAGAGGAAAAGAUAGUGAGCUAUCUUCAGGGCCAACAUACUGCAUUUAUAGAGAAGAAAGUCUGAGGACCAGCUCUGAAUGAAACAAGUGAAAUUGUACUAGAGAGGGAGUGGAACUGGAGCAAUUCUCUAUCCCAGGUAAAUAAAACAAUCCUCAGUGAAACACUGUGGGAAAGGCUGCCGUCCAAAACCGUGUAACGUUUCUACGGCUUGGUAAUGGUUAUUGUUGCUUGCUUUGAAAAAGAAAAAUACACUGAAGUGAAAACAUUCCAAAGGAUGAUAUUUGUUCUGGUGUCUAAAGAAGGAAUGGAUAUAU